AUGCUCAGGCGCGUGGCUGCUCGCUCGCCGCUGCAUGCGUCUAAACUAAAGCUCCUGCACACGAGUGCGGCUGCGACUCCUGAUGAUCAAGACGGCAUCCGAUACCUGGUGAUUGACGGCUAUGUUAAGACGGGCCGAGACGUGCUGGAGGCUGGUGGUGCCACCACCGCUGGCCAGUUGUACGCCAACAUGCUUGUCAAGGCCACAAAGCGCAGCGUCGAUCGCUCCGCAUCGUACGACCUUAUCUAUCCCGCCGAUCCGGGCUUUGUUGCACCAGAUUUGUCAAAGUACCAUGGUGUGGGCUGGUCGGGGUCUUCUCUUGCUGUACACGAACGUGAUGACCCAUCCGUCGUGCAGAUGAUGCGCCUUGCCCGACAGAGCUUCGCUCACGGCGUGCCGCAGUUCGGUAGCUGCUUUGGACUGCAACUUGCUGUGGCGACUGCUGGUGGUGUCGUGCGGAAGAACAAAUGGGGCAAGGAAUUGGGUGUGGCACGCAAGAUCCGUCUUAAUGCUGCAGGUCGUGCACAUCCAAUGUACGAGGGUAAGCCGUGCGUGUUUGACGCUUUCAGCAGCCACAAAGACGAAGUCCGACUCAUUCAGCCUGGAGGUCUUCAACUCGCGUCAAACUCGUUCACUUCGGUGUAGAGUGUGUGUCUUCGAUAUUUACAGGGCGAGUUCUGGGGACUACAGUAUCACCCGGAGUAUGACCUCCAUGAGAUGGCACGGUUACUACAUUGCCGUCGUAAGAUGAAUUCUAAACUGGGUUUCUUCACGGAUCUAGAGGAUGCUGACCGCUUCGUCGACCUGAUGGAAGAACUGGCAGCGGAUCCGACGCGCAAAGACCUCGCGUGGCAGAUUGGGUAUGAUAAGGACGUGCUGGAUGAAGACCUACGCACGUGUGAGGUGAAGAACUUCGUCAAGCAUCUGGUGCUGCCGUAUUACAUGCAAUGGCAACAACAAUCAAGAGACAAGGAGGGCAACAUAGUUCGAGAUGUUCCAUGUCAGCAGGAAGUGGCAUAA